AUGGCGACCACUGGACGAGUCCUCCUCCUCUCCCCACCAUCCCUCUCUUCGCAUCCCGAAAAGCUAAACACGGUCUUAAAAUCACACACGCGGGACAAGACUGAUUUGCAGAUGCUCGACCGGCUUGCCCACGGCCUCGUCUCCCUUCCAGAAUCCACCUACGACAUCGUCCUCCUCCUAACAGGCGCAGACAACACCCUCGCAGAAACCCAUAGCCUGCUCAACCGUGAACUCAUCCAGCGGGUCGUGCACAGUCUGAGACCGGCGGGGAAGCUGCGGAACCGGGAAAAUAAGCCGUGGGGUUUGAGUGAUGGUAAUGGUAAUAAUGCGAACAGCAGCAGGCGUUACAAUGAUGAUGAACAGCGGUUCAGGAACGAAGUGAUCUUGGCAGGCCUAGUCUUUGAUGAUAAGGGAGAGCUAUUGAAGCCAGAUAUCGGAGCGCAGCAGGCUAUUCCGCUGAAGCUGGGCAGGAGAAAGAAGGAGAAGGAAAAGACGGACACUCUUGCGUCCUCUGCCAAUUACAUUACCAAUGGGACAGUGGACGCACCAGCUUCAAAUGGAAUAAGCGCGCCUAUUCCUGCAGCCAAGACGACCGAAAAUAACCCAGUUCCCCCUGGAGUGGGAUUUAUAGAUUUCAGCGAUGACUUUGGCGUGCCGGCGGAAGAUGAUCUGGAGGAUUCCGACGAGGAGCUUAUCGACGAGGACGAACUGCUUGAUGAAGAUGAUAUGGGAAGACAAAUUGUCCAACCACCUGAAUGCCGCCCAAAGCCAGGCAAACGUCGACGAGCGUGCAAGGACUGCUCCUGCGGCCUCUCUCAGAAGCUUGAGGCAAAAGACAAGGCCCAACGCGCCACUGCCGACAAAGCGCUGGAGACCAUGAAACUAGGCUCGAGCGAGCUGGCAGAGGUAGAUUUCACCGUGCAGGGCAAGGUGGGCAGCUGCGGGAAUUGCUCGCUGGGCGAUGCGUUCCGCUGCGAUGGGUGUCCGUAUAUCGGCCUGCCGGCCUUCAAGCCGGGGGAGGAGGUUCGCCUGCUGAACAACGAUGUGCAGCUUUGA